AUGUCACUCCCCACGGAACCAAAGACAUGGACGAAGAACGACUUCUUAAUAUCUACCGACAAGAAUCUUCUUUCAUUAUUGGCUAUUAAUUCCGCGUUUGAUCUGGAAAUGGUAUACUGGGCCCAGCCAUUCCCCGAAAGCAUCUUACAAGAACUCAUCAACAACUCGUUCUGCUUCGGACUAUACAAAGUAACAAACGACGACGAACAAGCCAAGAAAAUCAAUCCCAAUGACAGCAAUGCGUCCCCAAAGAAGUACGAGCAAAUUGGAUUUGCUCGUCUAGCGACGGAUUUCAUCACGUUUGCAUACCUAACCGAUCUUCCUGCGCGCCUUGCCGUAUUUGAGGUGGACUAUGUUGCGGACUUCACUGGUUAA